ACCUUACAGAUAAUUGAGCUGCUCAAGUCUCAAGUCAGUGUGUUUUUUCUAGCUCCUGAUUAAGACAAUAAACAUGUAAUUAAAUACACCUGAAACUAAUUAUUGAAAAUCAUCAAAUGACAAAUAACUGACUAAUGUUGUAGUUGAAUAUAACAGUUAUGGAUUUGACAUAUUCUGAUAUUGAUGGCGUUGUUGGUGGCUUUACUGCGUCUCACAUUAAAUGGUUGAAAUUUCAGAACUCAGAAAAAUCUGAUCGCUGAAAGAGUCCGCCAUCACGCCAAGGCCAAGGCCAAGUCUAAUCUUCUGCCUUCUUCCUCUUAAUAUAUUAGUCAAACUUUUCCUUACAUACGUCACUUCUUCCACUUCUUCCUUUGAAUAUGUCUCUCUCUCCCACUAUAUAUAUAUAUAUACGCCAACCCUACCUACCCCUAUCUCUCAUUCUCAUUCUCAUCUAUAGCAUCUCCAACAUCUCCAACAUCUCCAAACUCAAUCUCAUCAACACACACAUCACAUCCCAUGGCUUCUUUACAGACCACACCUCUCCUCUCUUCUUCUUUAACAAAAAUCAACGCUUCUAUCCGUCUCCCUAACCCUCCACAACUCUCUCAUUCUCUCCCAAAGCUACCAUCAACAACACUGCGCAUUGAUCAACUUAAUGGCUCCACACGAACAAUUCCAUUGGAGAACAAUGUCGUUACCACACACAUAUAUCAAGAUUUAUUCUCUCCCACCGACAGAUCANCUANUAACCUCACUCUUCAACUCUACGCAAUUUUGGAGCAAGUUUCUGACAGAAUUGAAAUGCACAAAAACAUUGGCGAACAGAGAAACAACUGGAAUACUCUUCUUCUUAACUCGGUCAACAUGAUCACUCUCACUGCCACAGCCAUGGCUGGUGUUGCUGCAGCCACCACUGGUGACACCGGAGCACCGCUUUUGGCCUUGAAACUGUCGUCCACGCUCUUGUUUUCUGCCGCCACAGGGAUGUCACUCAUCAUGAACAAAAUUCAGCCCUCACAACUCGCCGAGGAGCAACGCAAUGCUACAAGGUUGUUUAAAGAGCUUCAUACCCAAAUCCAAACCCUAAUCACUAUUGGAAAUCCCACAGAGAAAGAUGUGAAGAGUUUAAUAGAGAAGGUGCUGGCACUCGACAGAGCUUACCCACUUCCCUUGUUGGGAGCCAUGCUUGACAAGUUUCCCCAAAAAUAUGAACCUGCGGUAUGGUGGCCUUCGUCUCAGUCCCAGAGAAAAAGUACAACACAAGAGAGGAAAAGGUCUAAUAAUGGAUGGAGUGAAGACCUUGAAAAGGAGUUGAGGGAAGUGAUCGAAGUGAUAAAGAAGAAAGACAGUGAGGACUAUGAGAGGCUCGGAAACAUAGCGUUGAAGGUGAGCAAGAGUCUUGCAAUUGCGGGGCCUUUACUGAGUGGGAUUGCAGCAGUGGGGUCUUCUUUUGUGGGGAAUGGCUCAUUGGCGGCAUUAGUGCCUCUCAUGGCUGGCUCAUUGGCUUCAGCUGUUAAUGCAUUCGAGCACGGUGGCCAAGUGGGCAUGGUGUUCGAAAUGUACAGAAACUGUGGUGGAUUCUUCACGCUUUUGGAAGAGACCAUUAGGGACACUCUUGAAGAGAAAGACACUGAGAAAAGAGAAAACGGUGAAGUUUUUGAAAUGAAGGUGGCAAUGAAGUUGGGAAGAAGCGUUUCGGGGCUGAGACGCCUUGCCUCAAAAUCUGCUUACUGUGGUGUGGAAGGAAUUGUCGUCGACGAAUUCGCCAGCAAGCUCUUCUAAUUAGGAUAACAUUUGAUCUCAAACGAUACCUUUAUUCUUUGAUUCUUUAUUAUUUUGUAUAGUCCUCUGACAUAACUCUACGGAGUAUUCAUUGAAAAUAUGUAUAGAUAUAUUUGUAAGUACUUUCAAUUAAUUGACACUCAACAAUCGAAAUUUAAUU